AUGGUUCCGGUCACUGAGACGGACAUGGGAAAACACGAGCUCAAAUGUCUGCGGCGCUCUCUGAGAUGCUCUGAAACCAUCGCAGAAGAGCGAGUGGACGUCCGAUCCUUUCUCGCGGCGAUGGGCUCCCUGGCGGCCGCCCUCUGGGCAGGGCUCCAUCUCCGGACUCUCCUGCUGGGUGCCGUCGCCUUCCUGUUAUUUGCUACCUUUUUCAGAAUGCGGCGCCCAAAGAACUACCCGCCGGGGCCCUGGCGCCUGCCUUUGGUCGGCAACCUCUUCCAGCUGGACUUUGAGCGGUCGCACCUGGCGCUGCAGCGGUUUGUGAAGAAAUAUGGGAACCUUGUUAGCCUAGAGUUCGGUGACUUGUCUUCAGUUAUUAUAACUGGAUUGCCCCUAAUCAAAGAAGCUCUUCUCCAUAUGGACCAAAACUUUGUGAAUCGUCCCAUGACCCCUAUCAGAAAACACGUCUUUCAGAAAAAUGGAUUGAUCAUGUCCAAUGGCCAGGUAUGGAAAGAGCAAAGAAGGUUCGCCCUGACAACACUAAAGAACUUUGGUUUAGGAAAGAAGAGCUUAGAAGAACGCAUUCAGGAAGAGGCCCACCACCUCACUGAGGAAAUAGAAGAGGAGAACGGACAGCCUUUUGACCCUCACUUCAAGAUCAACAAUGCAGUUUCCAAUAUCAUUUGCUCUAUCACCUUUGGGGAGCGCUUUGAGUACCAGGAUGGUCAGUUUCAGGAGCUGCUGAGGUUACUGGAUGAGGUCACAUAUUUGGAGGCUUCACUGCGGUGCCAGCUCUACAAUGUCUUUCCAUGGAUAAUGAAAUUCCUUCCUGGACCUCACCAGACUCUCUUCAGCAACUGGGAAAAACUGAAAUUGUUUGUUUCCCAUAUGAUCGAAAAACACAAGAGAGAUUGGAACCCUGCUGAAACAAGAGACUUUAUUGAUGCUUACCUCAAAGAAAUGACAAAGUACACGGGUAAUGCUACUUCAAGUUUCAAUGAAGUAAACCUCGUCUGCUCCACCCUGGACCUCUUCUUUGCUGGCACCGAGACUACUUCUACGACGCUGCGCUGGGGUCUGCUUUACCUGGCCCUCUACCCAGAAAUCCAAGAAAAAGUACAUGCUGAGAUUGACAGAGUGAUUGGCCAGUGGCAGCGGCCAAGCACGGCCGCCCGAGAGUCCAUGCCCUACACCAAUGCCGUCAUCCAUGAGGUGCAGAGGAUGGGCAACAUCAUCCCCCUGAACGUCCCCAGGGAAGCGAUAGCUGAUACCACUCUGGCUGGCUACCACCUGCCCAAGGGGACCACGAUCCUCACCAACUUGACUGCGCUGCACAGGGACCCCACAGAGUGGGCCACCCCUGACACAUUCAACCCCGAGCAUUUUCUGGAAAAUGGACAGUUUAAGAGAAGAGAAGCCUUUCUGCCUUUCUCAAUAGGAAAGCGGGCGUGCCUUGGAGAACAGUUGGCCAAGUCUGAGCUGUUUAUUUUCUUUACUUCUCUUCUGCAAAAAUUUACCUUCAAGCCGGCAAACAAUGAGAAGCUGAGCCUGAAGUUCAGAAUGGGCCUCACCAUUUCUCCCAUCAGCUACCGCAUCUGUGCUGUUCCCCGGGUGUGAUGUUGGUAGGGAAGGGAAGGAGAAAGGAAAGCGAGAAGAAAUGGCAUGUGCUCUGAAGCCACUGGUGCCUGCUCAGAUAUGAGGGGACAAAAGGAAAGUGACUCUGAGGGAAGAUCAGAGUACCUGGACUCAGAGGAAACUGGAUCAAAUCCCAGCUCUGCCAUCUCCUUGGAUUAGCCUUGGGCAAAUCAUUUAUGUGCUAAAUGAUUUACCUUCUC